AUGUCUGCAUAUCAAAGAUCUAGUCCAGUAAAAACCUACGAUUCUCUUGUUUCAUACCUUGAAAAUGGAGCAGAAGUAAAAUACUUCUUUAACAUAUCGAGUUGUCUACAAUCCGCUUCGCCUCCAUUUAAAGACAUUCCCGUGUUUGGUGGUGAAAUCAAAUACUUCAAUUUAAAUAAAGAAAUACAUACACUGUGGAAUGUCAAUGAUACUGCAAAGGUGCUUUGGGCAAAAUCUGGAGUUUAUAUAAAUAUUAUCGACAACAUAUCAGGAACAUAUUGUAAAUGGACAGAAGGACAAGGGAGCUUAUGGGUAAAAGAUCAUGCAGAACAAAGACAACUGACGUCAUUUCCAGAAAUCCAGACCAUGCUGACCUCUGGUGAGGAAGUCGGAUGGGUUGUAAAAACUACUGAAUGUCAAUGUUUCAAAAUGACGAAAGACAGUUCUAUACAUUUCCCCACUUCAAUGACAACGAUCUUUCCUGUGGCCAUGAACUUCAUUCAGCUUACUACCUUUGUUUGUGUUGAUUCCAACAACACUGCAACAUUUAUAACUAGACAUUUAGAUCCAUCAACAUUUUAACAAGAUGAGAUUGACAUAAUGAGUUGUCCAAUAGAUUCAGGAUCCUCAAUU